UCCUAAAAAUAAGCAAAACAUUUAUCACCAAAAAAAACUUGCACCAGUUUAUAAGAAUCUAAGGAAAGAAGAAACAAAAUCUAAAAACUCCCACCUGUUUCAUUGGACAACAAACUUGUCUUCUUCCUAAAUCAUAGGAAGUAGAUUUUUUUGAGACAAAGAUUGCGUAGGAAACACUCCUCCUACCUUCAAUCUCUUCCUCACAUUUCAACUGCUAAUAAAACAAUCAUCUUCCCAAACCCUUUAUUCUAGCCCCUUCCCUAAACAAUGGCUCUGUUAACUAUUCAUCUCUUUAAUUUGUAACUAAACCCUUUUCUUAAAAAGAAAUAAAAUAAAAUAAUUAAAGAGUUUACCUGAGAAUUAGGUUCAGGAUGGCCUCAAGGAGCCUCUCCUACACACAACUCCUAGGCCUCCUGUCCUUUAUCCUCCUAACCUCCACAAUGGCGGUUCGUGUUGGAGUCAUUCUUCACAAGCCUUCUACUCCAACCCUUCCUGUAUUUAGAGAAGCCCCAGCUUUCAGAAAUGGUGACCAAUGCCUUGAGGCUGAUCAGAUUCAUAUAGCCAUGACUCUUGACACAAACUACCUCCGUGGAACAAUGGCUGCUGUUUUUUCUCUCUUACAACAUUCAACUUGCCCUGAAAACCUCUCUUUUCAUUUCCUCUCCCUUGCUCACUUCGAAAACGACCUCUUCUCCAGCAUCAAAUCAACUUUUCCUUACCUAAACUUCAAGAUUUAUCAGUUUGAUCCAAACCUUGUCCGCAGCAAAAUCUCCAAAUCCAUCAGGGAAGCCCUAGACCAGCCUCUAAAUUACGCGAGGAUCUACCUCGCGGAUAUAGUUCCUCCCAGCGUCGACCGGAUCAUAUACCUAGACUCUGACCUCGUCGUGGUAGACGACAUAGAGAAGCUAUGGCACGUGGACAUGGAAGGUAAAGUUGUGGCUGCUCCUGAGUACUGCCACGCAAACUUCACACACUAUUUCACAAAAACGUUUUGGUCGGACCCGGUACUUGUUAAAGUACUUGAAGGAAAACGACCGUGCUAUUUCAACACGGGUGUGAUGGUCGUGGACGUUGAUAAAUGGAGGAAAGGGUUGUAUACACAAAAGGUAGAGGAGUGGAUGACUGUUCAGAAGCAGAAGAGGAUAUACCAUUUGGGUUCAUUACCUCCUUUUUUGCUUAUAUUCGCCGGUGAUAUUAAAGCGGUUAACCAUAGGUGGAACCAGCAUGGUUUAGGAGGAGAUAACUUUGAAGGGAGAUGCAGAACGUUGCACCCUGGUCCGAUAAGUCUACUUCAUUGGAGUGGGAAAGGGAAGCCAUGGUUGAGAUUAGAUUCAAGAAAGCCUUGUAUUGUUGAUCAUCUCUGGGCUCCGUAUGAUUUGUACCGUUCAUCAAAACAUUCUUUAGAUGAGUAGAGCCAAAGAGGAAGUAAGAAGAUUGACACAUAUGUGUAAAUAGGAGAUGGAGACGGUCCAAGCAGGGUGGGUGCGAGCAAAGGAAGCGAGAUGCAAAACAAAGCUAAAACAAGUUGUAGCGAAAAGAGAGAAACCAAGAGAGUUGAUUUUUUUGUUAAGACACACUCUUAAUGCAAAAAGACACAUUGUGCAUGAGAUCAGUAGUGAGAUGGUAUCAUCAUCAUCAUGAUUUGUUUCUCUUAUUCAAGUGUUUUUUUUUUUAACAUUUCUCCCUCUCUUGGAUUUAACGUGUAAUAUACAUAGGGUAGUGUUACUUCAAAAAUGGAGGAUUAAAUUCAUUCUUUAUUAAUUCAAUUUUUCAGUAUCUCAUUCUAUUAGAAAUUAACCGUUCUCCUUAUCAAACCAACAAUGGUCAUUGUCCUUAUUAUUUGUUAUGUUCAAGUUUCAUAACCGAAAAUAUUUGAACCUUCGAAAGCUUGUGUUGCCUCAUUAGCUUCAAGAUUUUUUUUUUUUUUUAUGAAUCACAGCAUGCUAUGACUAUAUGGUAUCUUAGUUUAUAAACUACGAAGUGUUAGGUUAAUAUUAUCCCCAAGGCUUUUUGUUAUUUUCACAUAAAAAAAAAAUAUAUAUAUAUAUAUAUAAAACACUCAGAAUUAGCGUAUAAUUAAUAAAUAUUAAGUUUUUCGCUAGAUAUCAAAAUUAUAUUUACUGGAAAAGAAACUGUUACUUUUAAGCUUGUCCCGGAUAUUUUGCUCUAUCCUGUUAGGAAAUAGUCAUCAUCAAACCUAAUAAGAAAAGUGAGAUCGAACUUCUUAUGUACAAAGACAACAAGAUAUCAUCACGACAGGGUCUAAACAUGCGUAGUCCAUAUUCGACAACCAAAGUGUUCUUUCUCUUUCUCUUUCUUGGUGGUGGCUUCAUCAUGGGGUCUAUCGUUGGAGAAAGAAUAUCCUUCUUUAAAUGUCACUUAUCUUAAGAUAUUUAUGUUGAAAGAACGUUAUUAUGCGGUGACUAGAUUAAGGCACGGCUCGAUGAGGGAUCCCAAAUUUCGAGUCAAAUCGAAUAAACUCGCUCCUAGAGGUAAAGUUAAAUUGCUAUUCUUAAACUAUAUAGCUGAAUGAAUCUUUCAUAUGAUAAUACGUAGUGAAGCAAUUACAAUACAGUAUAAUGAUUUGUUUUUGGUGUCUCUCACAACGGGGUUAAGACGCGAAUGUGGAUAUAAGGUGGGAUAUGACGAACGAAAGUGAUGGUAAUUACUCGGCUAAUGUCACAAUCUCCAGCUACGUGGUGGAUCACGAAAUUGAACAGCCAUGGAACUUAGCGUGGAUAUGGGUAAAAAAGGAAACACUAUUUGGAACUUUGGGUUCUGAAGGCACACAACACGGCUUUGUUUCUUUCAGUGAGGACGCUGAUAUCGGCACGUACACGUACUGCUUGAACAACGUGACGUUGGACUUACCGCGACAAACUGAUCUUAACUGCAUAGGUGGUACUGUGAUUCUGCCGCGGUUUGUAAGAGAUGACAUUGCGAAAGGCUCAACUUCAUUUCAGAUUUCUGUUAGCCAUUAUAAUAGAGGAUAUCGCGCACAGCCCCCUUAUGAUGUAACUUUGAGCACACGAGGAUUUGAAUACGAACUCGAAUAUGAUUCAAUGGAGCAAGUAAUUGAUACUCAUCUGAGUAAGUCCACUGAAUUGUUGGCACAUCAUAUACAUACCUUUUCUUUUGUAAGCUUUUACGAGUCAGUUCAUGUCCCUUUUUUUUUGUAGAUACCUGGAGUACGACGUGCAUUCUCUCCAUCUCCAAUACCAAAAAGUUCCACGAGAUUCAUAAUAACAAUGAUGAACUGUGAAGUUGUGGGUGUUCUUCUUAUUUGCCGUUUCUGUUGGUGAUUUCACUAUCUUUUAGAUCAGAAAUAAUGUGUGUUUUUUUCGUGUGUGGAGUUUUUCACCUCAUCAUGCAAAAUGAAACUCAAGUUAUGCUGUUUUAAUAGAAUAUAUUUUUGUUUAGAAAAAAUUUAAACAAUUUCUCAAAACUACAGAUAAUCUAAAGUCAACUCUUUGACAAAUAAUUGAUCCUAUCAAAUGUUUUGAAAUCUAAUUUAUAUACCUUAAAAUAUCAGUUUCAUUUAACUUCUCAAUAAUUUAAUAUCUAGUUUUUUUUUCCUUUUACGUAAUUCAUUGUUUCUAAAAAAUUUACUUUACCGUAAAGUUUAUGUAGCAAUUUAUACAUGCAAGACAAAGUGUCCACACAAUGAAAGAAACAGAUAAUUUCUGGUUGUAUUUCACUCAAGGAACGAUUACAAUAAGAUGAUACUAAAAAGAAGAAAAGCAUAAGAAAUUAGCUUUUGUAGAAAUAAGAACAUCAAAUUUAUGAAAAUGUUUUCCCUUUUCCAUUUCAUUGAAGUUCCCUAUGCAAAUAGAAAACGUUUCCCCAAAAUGGUGAAUUAUGGACAUCUCACCCAAGAACCUUUCCGAUAUAAAGUAGAGCUCGGUGAUAGAGCUAUAUAUGAGGGUACAAUAGGAAGAGAGACAUUAACGUAUAGGACAGGCUAGGGGCUUUAGCACCAUAGAUGACGUUUAUUUUGACGUUUACUUGAACCCCUUCUUAGUUUCGUCUCCAACCCCAGAAUAAACGUCAUCUAUGGUGCUAAAGCCCCUAUAGCCUGUCCUAUACGUUAACGUUUCCCUUCCUAUUGUACCCUCAUAUAUAGCUCUGUCACCGAGCUCUACUUUAUAUCGGCAUGGGCUAUUUCUUGAGCCCGUCCGGACCAAAAACACGGGGCUCAGUCCCUCAGCUCUCAGUCCCUCACAGCUUAUGGGAGAAAAGGAGGAUGACUUUGACGGACUGUAGAGGGUGUUGGGCUUGGGGAGAACCCAGGUCAACUCUACGCCCGUAUUAGGUGCAAUCGUACUUCCUCCGGUGGGUCCCCGACUGAGAUGCCCGCCAGAGCUGCGGUUGGAAUGAUUUGGAGUUCAUCUUGAUGAUCUUUCUUCCGCUUGUUCCUAUACUUAAGUCCUGUCUCGGCUUUGGACGAGACGUACUCCCAGGUGGUGGGAGUGACGAAGGUGACACAAACGACUUGAAGGAGUAUGAUGAAGAGCAUUUUGAUUUUACUUUGCAAGAUGUAGAAUUGUAUAUGAAGGGAUAUGCAAGAUGUAAAUAAUAUUAUGAUCUAUAUAUAAGUUAAUUAAGUGAGA